CAUCGCCACGAAUUUUGCUGUUGAACACUUUAUAUAGGCCCUGCUCAUCUCCCCUAUAAUCACCGAUCUGAGCCUCUACUUUAGUCAAUCCUCUUUGCGUGGAACUGUGGACCUAGUCCUGAACAGCUGGCGCCAUAAAACAUCAAAUAAUCCACUCCUGAAAACUCAGGAAAAGGUUCUAUGUACUGGAAGGCCGGUAUUUGUAGUUGUCUUACAUAAGAAAAAUGAAUUUAGAACUCCUCGAAUCCUUUGGUCAGAAUUAUCCAGAGGAAUUCGAUGGGACAUUAGACUGCAUAUCCCUUGCAGUAACAUGCACAUUCAAUAAGAGAGGAACUUUGUUAGCAGUGGGAUGCAACGAUGGCAGAAUAGUCAUCUGGGACUUCCUCACUCGUGGAAUAGCUAAAAUAAUUAGUGCCCAUGUCCACCCAGUUUGUUCACUCAGUUGGUCGAGAAAUGGCCACAAAUUACUCAGUGCAUCGACCGAUAAUAAUGUCUGCAUUUGGGAUGUAUUGUCUGGUGAAUGCGAUCAAAAAUAUCGUUUUCCAUCGCCAAUAUUGAAAGUUCAGUUUCACCCAAGAAAUGCAAACAAAUUUCUUGUCUGCCCAAUGAGACACGCAGCUGUUUUGGUUGAUACAGAGGGAACCCACCGGGUUAUACCUUUGGAUGAGGAUAGUGAUCUGAAUAUUGUAGCAUCAUUCGAUCGUCGUGGUGUUUACAUCUAUACUGGCAAUGCUCGAGGUAGAAUAAUUGUCCUCGAUUCCGAUACCUUGAGCAUCAAAGCAUCCUAUAAGAUAUCCCAGGGUACAGUCAGUAAUACAGCAGUGAAGAGUAUUGAAUUUGCCAGACGUGGAUCAUGUUUUUUAGUCAACACAUCUGAUCGUGUAAUACGUGUCUACGAUAGUACAGAAAUAUUAGCGUGUGGUGAAGAUGGGGAACCAGAGCCAAUUCAAAAACUUCAGGAUUUAGUCAAUAAAACAAUGUGGAAGAAAUGUUGUUUUUCUGGUGAUGGAGAGUAUGUAUGCGCGGGUUCUGCCAGACAACAUGCACUUUACGUUUGGGAAAAGAGCAUUGGAAAUCUAGUAAAAAUAUUACAUGGUACCAAGGGAGAACUAUUAUGUGAUGUGGUUUGGCAUCCAGUUCGGCCGAUAAUAGCAUCAAUAUCAUCAGGAGUUGUUUCGAUUUGGGCGCAAAAUCAAGUUGAAAAUUGGUCCGCAUUUGCUCCCGAUUUUAAAGAGUUGGAUGAAAAUGUUGAGUAUGAAGAGCGUGAGAGUGAAUUCGAUUUGAGUGAUGAGGAUAAAUCAGUUGUACAGGGAGAGGAGGCACAUGAUGAAGAAAUUGAGGUAGAUGUUGCUGCCAUUGAUAGGGUAGCUGCAUUCUGUAGCUCUGAUGAAGAGACUGAAGACAUUGGAUCUCUACAGUUUCUCCCUAUCGCCCCAGACGUCGAAGACAUUGAAGAAAGUCAGCCACAAGCACAUGAACCGCCAUUGAAGAAACAUCGUUCACAUGAUAUUCAUUUGUUGGGAGCUCCUGUAGAUGAAACUCAUCCUCUAUUGAACAAAGGAAAGGAUAAACCAGCAGCCAAGAAAGGACGACCCCGACUCGAGCACCGUAAGGGCAAAUAAGAAUUAUUGAUUUCAUAUUGUCCCUCUACUGAAAGUUGAACAUAGGUGACUGGAAAGUGCUGCCUCUUACAACUGAAUACUGAAGUAAAACACGUUCAAAGGUUAUAUUUCUUAUUGGACUUAUUUUGAUGGGAAGACUAAUCAUUCGUGACAAAGAUAAAAAGCCAACAGCCAUUUGAAGUGUUAUCAAAUAUAUACCUCCACAUAAAUGUAACUGAAAUUUCAAGAUUAAAGAGUUGAUCACGUGA